CGUCAGCCAGCGAUGAACGCGAGCGCUUCCUCGCUCAACGACUCCCAGGUGGUGGCAGUGACCACCGAGGGAGCGGCGGCGGCGGCCACAGCGGCAGGGGCGCGGGACAGCGGCGAAUGGGGGCCCCCUGCAGCGGCGGCGCUGGGGGGCGGCGGCGCGGCUAACGCGUCCCUCGAGCUGUCUUCUCAGCUGCCCGCGGGGCCGCCGGGGCUGCUACUGUCGGCGGUGAAUCCUUGGGACGUGCUCCUGUGCGUGUCGGGGACGGUGAUCGCAGGCGAAAACGCGCUGGUAGUGGCGCUAAUCGCGUCCACCCCGGCGCUGCGCACGCCCAUGUUCGUGCUGGUGGGCAGCCUAGCCACCGCCGACCUGCUGGCGGGCUGCGGCUUGAUCCUUCACUUCGUGUUCCAGUACGUGGUGCCCUCAGAAACGGUGAGCCUGCUCACCGUGGGCUUCCUCGUGGCCUCCUUCGCUGCCUCGGUCAGCAGCCUGCUGGCCAUCACAGUGGACCGCUACCUGUCUCUCUACAACGCACUCACCUACUACUCGCGCCGGACCCUGUUGGGCGUGCACCUGCUGCUCGCUGCCACCUGGACGAUGUCCCUAGGCCUCGGGUUGCUGCCGGUGCUCGGCUGGAACUGCCUAGCGGAGCGCUCCACCUGCAGCGUGGUGCGCCCGCUGACGCGCAGCCACGUGGCGCUGCUGUCCGCCGCGUUCUUUGCGGUCUUUGGUAUCAUGCUGCACCUGUACGUGCGCAUCUGCCAGGUGGUCUGGCGCCACGCGCACCAGAUCGCGCUGCAGCAGCACUGCCUGGCGCCGCCCCACCUCGCAGCCACCAGAAAGGGCGUGGGUACGCUGGCUGUGGUGCUGGGCACUUUUGGCGCCAGUUGGCUGCCCUUCGCCAUCUAUUGCGUAGUAGGCAGCCGCGAGGACCCGGCAGUCUACACCUACGCCACCCUGCUGCCCGCCACCUACAACUCCAUGAUCAAUCCUAUCAUCUAUGCCUUCCGCAACCAGGAGAUUCAGCGUGCCCUGUGGCUCCUGUUCUGUGGCUGUUUCCAGUCCAAAGUGCCCUUCCGUUCUAGGUCCCCCAGUGAGGUCUGAA